CACCAAGAGACAAAAGCGACAAGGAUAGGGCCAACCAGCCACUGAUCGACAAAAAGGAACAGAAACCCGAUCACGACAAGACAUAUUAUUGCGAACGAUACGUGACACUAACGGUUAAGUUCUUCGAGUGCGAGUCGGUUGCGGACCGAGCUAAGUGUUGAACCGCGAAAGUGUUUUAUUAUUUACCUUCGGAUUUCGCACGGAGGGAAAAGUUGAUUUCUUUCGGUCCAUCUUCGAUCACGUUUCACGUCGCAAGAAACAUGAGGAGCUUCACGGGAGUGAGAAGUUUGUUUGCCACGUUGAUGGUGUUGUGUGUCCUGGACCUGAUCUGGAUGCCGACGACUCACGCGAGACCGCCACCCUCCUUGCUUAGCAGACAAAGACGAGUAUCGGAUCAAAGGCUCGCCGAACUAGAGACGCUUAUGGGAUUAGAAAACGUGAGAGGAAAAGUAGUGACGGUUCCCAUUGCAUUCGGUGUACUGGAUCCAGAUAAGAUAGGUCGCAGACGAAGAUCCGCCACGAAUAAUCGUCUCGAAACCUUGCAGCGCAUCUUACGAAUGGUUGCGAACAAUCCUGAGCUACUCGACGACGAGAAGAUUCUUUCCUUGCCAUUGAAGAUGAAAGAGGGCCGGCGGGAAGACAGCGACGAAUAUCGGUACAUAUAAUCGCGAGGCACUAAGUAUCGUCCUAAAUCACAGGACGAACACGAAGACAGAGUCGAGAGACCAAGAAACGCUUACAAGAACGAAGAAACACGAGAGAAAAUCACAAAAAAAAAUAAGAAGAAAAUACAAUAGGAUCUCUUGACUCUAUAAGCAGCCUGAACAGUAUUACGGACCGUCCUCCGUCCGAGCUUAAACUCUUUAAACGAAACUUACACUAUUAGGAUACUAAGUAAUUUAACUACGGAACGGAAGAGGAAAGAGAACGAGUGCCCCCGUCGAAGAUAGUCCAAGGAUAGGAAGAAUGUCCGAAAACAAAUCACGUCUGAAACGUGUUCUUCUUUCGAACAUUCGAAAUACCCGCCAUUUCAUGAGGUUUCGUUCCCGACCGCGCGUGGAUUCUUUCCCAGUUUUAUUUUGUGUACGUGUGUCGUUUUUUUCUUGUUUAGUAAUUUAUUUAUGUAGGUAGCUUUAUUUAUUAUUUAUUGAUCGUAGACUGCGCUCAUCUCGAUUGCGUUCAUUUUUAUAACGAACUUCGCGGUGAAAGAGAAUCGUUCGAAAUCGAUUCUCAGGUAAUGUUUGCUAUGUAUGUUGCAUUUGUACUUUGCACUCGAUGUUGUUUGAAAUACAAGGAUAGUACAGGGUGCUUCUAAAGUCGUUCGAUCUGAAUAAUUUUUGAUCAUUUUGAUCAAUCGAAAUAAUAAAAUAUGACUCGUGGAGAUUCUUUGCAAUUACGGAUAAAAGACUAUGUUAUGUAAAUUACCACUUUCACAAUUUUAUUCGGUGUACACUCAUGCAAUAAUCUAUAGAGAAUUUUUAAAACAUACUUUUUUCACCUUAUGGUAUUUUUUAUCAAUAUGUUUGAAAAUUAUAUUAAAAUAAAUAUUAAUUAUUAUCAAUUUGUUGGGAGAGUAUAGUACAGAAAGAAUUAAUGUCUCUGUACGAGAACCAUCGAGUGCAAAGGGUUGAACACGUUGAUUGCCACUAAAUCGUUCCAACUUAAAAUUUGUAUAAUUAUAAUAAGUUGACCGCUAUAACU